UAGCCGCUGCCAUGUUUAGCUGCUUUGUUGUAGAUUUCUUGCAGAUUUUUUUUAAGUGUUGCAAUGGAGCCGAGCUGGAGUUCAUUCUUAUUUCAGCAGGCAAAUGAAGCCCUCCACCACCAGCACCAGGUGGCCCCUAACAGCCUGCUGCCUCUGCUGAACUCUGGGGCCGAGCCACAGGACCAGAAACCCAUUAUGCCCAUCCCGCUGGACCAGAAGCCUCCAGUUAGUGCGGCCGAACUCCUGAAGGACAAUGUGGCCAGUGGGACGGGGGGUGGAGGGGGUGGCGGGGGCGGCGGGGGUCCCAUGCCCAUCGUGAAGAAGGAGCACAAAACCAAGACGCCUUUCAUCUGCGGCUACUGCAACAAGGCCUUUCGCGACAGCUACCACCUGAGACGGCACGAGUCGUGCCACACGGGUGUCAAGAUGGUGUCACGACCCAAGAAGACGGCACAAACGGCGCCCACCAUGGUGCCCCUGAUCUCCACCAUGCCGCGGGAGAACAGCGGCAACCCCUCCUACAUCUCGACCAUUGCCGGCAUCCUUACCACAGCCACCACCUCAGCCUCCACCGGCUCCAGCAUAAUGACACCCGCUUCCAUGACCGGCGUGGGUCAGCAAACCGCACCCAAAAAGCCAGCCAAGCCUGUGAAGAAGAACCACGGCUGCGAGAUGUGUGGAAAGGCCUUCCGUGAUGUCUACCACCUGAACCGCCACAAGCUGUCGCACUCCGAUGAGAAACCCUUCGAGUGCCCCAUCUGCCAGCAGCGGUUCAAGAGGAAGGACCGCAUGACUUACCAUGUGCGCUCGCACGACGGGGGCGUCCAUAAGCCUUACGUCUGCUCCGUCUGUGGGAAGGGCUUCUCCAGGCCUGAUCAUCUCAGCUGCCAUGUGAAACAUGUGCAUUCCUCAGAGAGACCAUUCAAAUGCCAAGUAACGGCCUGCACUUCUGCCUUCGCCACCAAAGACCGACUGCGCUCGCACAUGAUCCGGCACGAAGGGAAGGUCACCUGCAACAUCUGUGGCAAGAUGCUCAGCGCCGCCUACAUCACCAGCCAUUUAAAGACGCACGGUCAAACCAACUUCAACAACUCCUGCAACAAAGGAGACUGGCAGUGGAACUCCUCAGGGCUGCGAAAAGACAGCAACGAAGUCUGCAACUCCGCCUCGGCCACGCCAGUCACCCUCUCCGCCCCGAUCACCUCAGCGAUGAACCGCGGCAACACCAGCAACCCAGUCACCAUUGCCGCGCAGAUGAACAUCACCACCAACACGGUGAACAUCACCUCUCCGGUCAGCCUGCAGCACCCCGUCACCAUCACAGGGCCGGUCAACAUCGCUUCGGUCAACAUCCCCGCCACAGCGCCCAUGAACAUCGCCCACCCUGUGGCCAUCACCACUCCCAUGCCUAUGAACAUCGCAGGGCCCCUGAACAUCGCCAUGAGACCCAUGGAGAGCAUGCCUUUUCUGUCCCAAGUUCUGCCUUCCUCACCGCCCUGGUAAAUGAGACGGAACUCGAGCCUCCCAACUUGAACCUGAUUCUCCUUACCAGCUGAUUUUACGCCCUCCUGCACCCUCCGACCUAAGCCUGGUCCCCAACCCCGAGAGAGUGUUUACUCUUGCAGUGCGGCUGAAAGCAUACGGCUGCAUCGCAAGCAACGCUGCAUCACGAAUCUAGAUGAGCUGAUGGAGUUUUCUACACAUUAGUUGGUUUUUUUUUCUUCCUCUCUCUGAAGGAUUUCAUACCUAGUGAAUGAGUUUUUAUUUGUGAUGCGCAGUCCAGCGACCUGGGGGAGACUCUUCUUCGGCAACACUGAACACGCAGACCUUGAUGGGGAGGUUUUUUAAAAGGAUGAAUGCAAUAAGUGCUGAAUUUUUGUUUCCUUCUUAUUUUCUCAGAGCGGUGGGAGUUCUUUUGAAUUAGCUCUAGCCUGCUAAUCAGUAUUUAAAUUUUUUUUUUGGGGGGGGGGGGUGA